GACGCUGGGAUCGGCGGCCGCUCUACUCGCUCUACCCGCGCCGCCUCGGUAAGGUCACCGACCCCCGGGAGGAGGCUCCAGGCCGCGUCGGUCGCGCCGAGCCUGGCUGUGCGUCGCCAUGGCCCCAGUGCAGCAGGAGAACCACCAGGUAAUCCCUCCGGGCGGGGGCAGCGGCUCGGCGUCCGCCCCGGCUCCUCCGCCGCCGGGAGCCGCGCUGGCGGCGGCAGCUGCGGCCGCGGCUAGCCCUGGUUACCGGCUUAGCACGCUGAUUGAAUUUCUGCUGCACCGGGCCUACUCGGAGCUCUUGGUCUUGACGGACUUAUUACCAAGGAAAUCUGAUGUGGAAAGGAAAAUAGAAAUUGUACAGUUUGCUAGCCGGACCCGGCAACUCUUCGUUCGAUUAUUAGCUUUAGUCAAAUGGGCUAAUGAUGCUGGCAAAGUAGAAAAGUGCGCGAUGAUCUCAAGCUUUUUGGAUCAGCAAGCUCUCUUGUUUGUGGACACCGCUGACCGCUUGGCCUCCUUAGCUAGAGAUGCACUGAUCCACGCGCGCCUGCCUAGUUUUGCUAUCCCGUAUGCCAUUGAUGUGCUGACUACUGGCUCUUACCCACGACUUCCAACCUGCAUCAGGGAUAAAAUUAUCCCUCCAGACCCCAUUACCAAAACUGAGAAACAAGCCACGCUUCAUCAGCUUAAUCAGAUUCUCAGACAUCGGCUUGUCACAACAGAGCUUCCUCCGCAGCUCGCGAAUCUUACCGUGGCAAAUGGCCGCGUGAAGUUUCGAGUUGAUGGAGAAUUCGAGGCAACCUUGACAGUCAUGGGGGAUGAUCCAGAAGUCCCGUGGCGCCUGCUCAAGCUAGAAAUCCUAGUUGAGGAUAAGGAAACGGGAGAUGGCCGAGCUUUGGUUCAUAGCAUGCAAAUCGACUUUCUCCAUCAGUUGGUGCAGUCCAGGCUUUUUGCUGAUGAGAAGCCUCUUCAGGACAUGUACAACUGCCUGCAUUGCUUCUGCUUGUCUCUUCAGUUGGAAGUGUUACACUCCCAGACUCUGAUGUUGAUCCGAGAGAGGUGGGGUGACCUUGUGCAAGUGGACAGGUAUCAUGCUGGAAAGUGCCUCUCUCUCUCAGUUUGGAACCAACAGGUUCUAGGGAGAAAAACAGGCACAGCGUCUGUUCACAAGGUGACAAUUAAAAUGGACGAGAAUGAUGUCUCCAAGCCUUUACAGAUUUUUCACGAUCCUCCUUUGCCAGCUUCGGAUUCUAAAUUAGUCGAAAGAGCCAUGAAGAUUGACCACCUGUCAAUAGAAAAGCUCCUGAUUGACAGUGUCCAUGCGAGAGCCCACCAGAAGCUGCAGGAACUGAAGGCCGUUCUUAGAAGCUUCAAUGCGAACGAAAACUCUUCCAUAGAGACUGCACUUCCGGCUCUGAUUGUGCCCAUCUUGGAGCCCUGUGGUAAUUCGGAGUGCCUGCACGUUUUUGUCGAUUUGCAUUCUGGAAUGUUCCAGUUGAUGCUUUAUGGACUUGACCAGGCCACUCUGGAGGACAUGGAAAAAUCUGUGAAUGAUGAUAUGAAGCGGAUCAUCCCUUGGAUCCAGCAGCUUAAGUUUUGGCUUGGACAGCGGCGUUGCAAGCAGUCUAUAAAACAUCUGCCUACGGUAACCACAGAAACGCUGCAGCUUUCCAACUGCUCAACGCAUCCCGUCGGAAACCUCUCCAAGAACAAGCUGUUCAUUAAGCUUACCCGCCUUCCACAGUACUACAUUGUUGUGGAAAUGCUUGAGGCUCCCAAUAAGCCCACUCAGCUAGAGUACAAGUAUUACGUCAUGUCUGUGAGCGCUCCAGAUGCUGACGACAGCCCCGUCACCGCACUGCUGCUGCAGCAAUUCAAGGACAACAUCCAGGACUUGGUUUCCUCCACGAAGACUGGGAAACAGACCAGAACUGGUAUCAAGCACAAGAGGUCUGAUGACCCGUGUCCAGUCGAAAGCAAGAAAGCCAAACCAUCAGGAGACACGUGUGCCUUCGAUAAAGUUCUAGCUCAUUUUGUCGCUAUGUGUGACACCAACAUGCCGUUUGUAGGGCUUCGAAUGGAGCUGUCCAACCUGGAGAUACCGCAUCAGGGAGUGCAAGUGGAAGGUGAUGGCUUCAGCCAUGCAAUUCGCUUAUUAAAGAUUCCUCCCUGCAAGGGAGUAAACGAGGACACCCAAAAGGCCCUGGACCGCUCUCUUCUUGAUUGCACUUUCCGAUUACAAGGUAGAAACAACCGCACCUGGGUGGCAGAGUUAGUGUUCGCAAACUGUCCGCUUAAUGGCGCUUCCACCAGGGAGCAAGGACCAUCCCGGCGUGUUUACCUCACGUAUGAAAAUCUGUUGUCUGAACCUGUUGGUGGUAGAAAAGUAGUUGAGAUGUUUCUUAAUGACUGGAACAGCAUUGCCCGAUUAUAUGAGUGUGUGUUGGAGUUUGCACGUUCUCUACCAGACAUACCUGCUCAUCUGAAUAUUUUCUCUGAGGUUCGUGUUUAUAAUUACCGAAAACUCAUCUUGUGUUAUGGAACCACCAAAGGAAGCUCAAUUAGUAUCCAGUGGAAUUCCAUUCACCAGAAAUUUCACAUUUCUUUGGGAACAGUUGGCCCAAACUCUGGGUGCAGCAACUGUCACAAUACCAUUCUCCACCAGCUUCAGGAAAUGUUCAACAGAACACCAAACGUGGUUCAGCUGUUACAGGUGCUGUUUGAUACUCAGGCGCCGCUGAAUGCCAUCAACAAACUCCCUACUGUGCCGAUGUUGGGCUUGACUCAGAGAACUAACACUGCCUACCAGUGUUUCUCCAUUCUCCCGCAGUCGUCCACCCACAUCAGACUGGCCUUCAGGAACAUGUACUGCAUCGAUAUAUACUGCUGUAGUCGAGGGGUCGUGGCAAUACGGGAUGGUGCCUAUAGUCUUUUUGAUAACAGCAAGUUAGUUGAAGGCUUCUAUCCUGCGCCCGGAUUGAAGACAUUCCUCAACAUGUUUGUGGACAGCAGUCAGGAUGCUCGGAGAAGAUCUGUAAACGAGGAUGAUAACCCCCCUUCUCCUAUAGGAGGGGAUAUAAUGGACUCUUUGCUAUCACAGCUCCAGACACCUCAGCAACAGUCGUUUCCCAAGCAGCCGGGAAGUUCAGGCGCUUACCCUCUUACUUCCCCUCCUGCGUCCUACCACAGCACAGUCAGCCAGUCUCCGUCUAUGAUCCACACCCAGUCUCCAGGAGCCCUUGACCCUAGUUCUCCAUACACUAUGGUGUCACCGAGUGGACGAGCAGGAAACUGGCCUGGAUCUCCUCAAGUGUCCGGACCCUCACCAGCAACCCGUUUGCCUGGAAUGUCACCAGCCAACCCGUCUCUACACUCUCCUCUUCCGGAUGCUUCUCAUUCUCCUCGAGCUGGCACAAGUUCCCAGCCAAUGCCAACCAACAUGCCUCCACCUCGCAAACUACCUCAGCGCUCCUGGGCAGCAUCCAUACCCACCAUCCUCACUCACAGUGCCUUGAACAUCUUACUGUUACCCUCUCCAACGCCGGGCCUUGCGCCUGGCCUGGCAGGCAGUUACCUCUGUUCGCCACUUGAGAGAUUCCUCGGCUCUGUCAUCAUGAGACGACACCUUCAACGAAUUAUUCAGCAGGAAACGUUGCAGCUGAUCAACUCCAACGAACCCGGUGUAAUCAUGUUCAAGACAGAUGCCCUGAAAUGCAGAGUAGCCCUUAGUCCCAAAACCAACCAGACCCUUCAGCUGAAAGUAACCCCUGAAAAUGCCGGACAGUGGAAACCUGAUGAGCUUCAAGUGUUGGAGAAAUUCUUCGAAACAAGAGUUGCAGGCCCACCGUUUAAAGCCAACACACUCAUAGCCUUCACCAAGCUGUUGGGAGCACCAACACACAUCCUCCGUGACUGUGUGCAUAUUAUGAAGUUGGAGCUGUUCCCAGACCAAGCGACACAGCUACAAUGGAAUGUUCAGUUUUGCCUCACCAUCCCUCCCAGCGCACCGCCGAUUGCACCUCCUGGGACACCAGCCGUGGUGUUGAAAUCCAAAAUGCUCUUUUUUCUUCAACUGACUCAGAAGACAUCAGUCCCUCCCCAAGAACCUGUCAGUAUAAUAGUUCCCAUCAUCUAUGACAUGGCUUCAGGUACCACCCAGCAGGCAGACAUUCCCAGACAGCAGAACUCUUCUGCGACUGCGCCCAUGAUGGUCAGCAACAUUCUGAAGAGGUUUGCAGAGAUGAACCCACUGCGACAAGGUGAAUGUACAAUAUUUGCAGCUGUUCGGGAUUUAAUGGCCAAUCUUACACUUCCCCCUGGUGGGCGUCCAUAGACACUAUUGUUUUUAAUCCAGGAAGGCUGACACACACAGGCUGAAUUCAGCCAUCAGUUUUUAAAAGGAAAAGGACUUUCUUUUUUCUUUCUUUCUUUUUUUUUUUUUUAAAUCGUAAGAGCUAAAUAUUUUAAACUGGCAACAUUUUUCAGGGUGCAUUACUUUUAUCCAAAAGACCAUCAAUCUUUUGAAUAGUGAACUUGUAUAGUAUGUUUAAAUGUGAUAUAUUUCAAACUAGGUAACAGAUCAGUGUCUGCUUGACAGUAAUAAGUUUAAUAUUACAUUUUAUACUAUAAAGUAAUGAAAAUGCCAAACUUGUUUAUUUAAUUGUUUUCUUAUGUUUUGGGUAUAAUGGUCUUUUUUGAUUUUUGUUUUUGUUUUUUUUUUUUUUUUUUAAGGCAGGUCUGUCAUUUUUGAAUACUGUAAAACUGUGACGAGCUUUAUAUUGAAGUUGUAUUUUAAUAUGGCCGCUUUGAAUCCUUACACAGAAAUGUUUUGGGAGUUGUUAAACAUGUCCCAAAGAAGCAAUAUUUAAUAAAACUAGGAUGUAAAAGUGACACUCACUGGUGUGUGUGUAAGCUCUCUAGAGUUCUUAGGGCCUCCCUUCAUCUUUAACCUGGUGGGGCCAGUCAGAUUUUUAAUUACGUAUGUCUGAAAUUUGGCCAAAAACUUUUUUUUUUGUUUUAAGGUUAAUGUAGUUUCUUCAGACAUUCCUAAAAUUUAGCACCUUGGUUGUUUGUCAGUAUAGGAUUUGGGUAAAAUGAAAGAACUUUGUCUUUGAAAAGAGACAGCAAGUGAUUUAUAAUGAUCAAGGAUCCCAAAUAAUACAAUUAUUCUCAUGUGUGAGGAAAUGGGAACCUUUUUGCUAGGAAAAUGUCAUGGAAAGGAUACUUCUGCAUACAGCAUUAACUAGGAAGCAAAGAACUUGAAUGCUCUAGUUUGCAUGAAGUGUCGGUGACAAAUCUUUAUCUUAUUUAACUUUUUACCUUCCCCAGCACAAGUGGGGUUGUUCUGAACAAUCUCAGUUUAAUUCAUUGUCAGCAAAGCAAUAGGAUAUUUUGCUGGACACAGUCUGGUCCGGUCAUUUGAGAAGUCCACGGUGCAGAGCCUGUCUAGAGUCCAGUAGAGUUCUGGCACUGGUGCCGCUCAAUAGGGUUUCUAUCUAGAGUUCUAUACUGUCUCUCGCAGCCAGCCAGGGACUUUUUAAGCUUUGAUGAAUAUGAUCUGAUUCAAAUGUUUUUUAAUGAAUUGAUGUUAUUUGGAGCAGGGUUUUUUGUUUUUAUUUUUUAUUUUUUUAAUGAUACUAUCAUGCUGAGUUGUAGCUAGCCAAUGUAAUAUGGUCCUCGAUGAAAUUUUAGAUGUUUGUCUGAUUUCAUUUUAAGAUGAUUAAUUGAGAUUCUAUAACUGUAACCACCAGAUUCUGGUUUUAAGCAUCUCACUGCAACUGUAUCAUAUAUGCUCAACUUUGCUUGAAUCUCCAUUUUCAGUCAGAGCUGAGGCCUUUUUUGUCCUCUGUGUCUCAUUUCUGCCUUCACCUCCUGCUUUUCACCCAGCUCUGACACUUCUCCAGAGUGGGUGCCUAAACUCUUCUUCUUCCUUUAACCUAACCCUUUUCUCCUUCUGUUUUCAAUUCUCUUCACAGUGGUAAUCACAUGGGUUUGGCAAGCUAAGAUGUCUUGAUCAGGAGUCAGUCCUUUUCUUUUGGGAACUAAAUCCUAUCUUUCAUAUAGAAAUCUACAUGUAUAUACAAGAAAUGUAUUUUUAUCGGCAGGAUGAUAUUUUUUCAGAUAAUUUUAUGAAUAGAAUUAACUUUUCAGGUAUUUUCUCUUUUAAGUGUGGUUUUGAAAUGUUAAUUGCAUUUUUAUACAUAAUGCAUUCAAUGGCUACUUUUUCCUAAUUCGUACACCUUUGAAUGCGUUGUGUAAAACAAGUAAGAUAGAAUUCAAUGAACAGAAUUUGAUUUUGAUGCUUAUUAAGAGUAAACCAAUGAAUUUGAAUUUUGAUAUCAUGCUUGGUACUUGUAAUUGGUAUAUUACUUUAUUAAAGCUUGGAAAUACUUAGCAUUUGAAUCGUAAUUUUCAUCACAAACCAUGUCUUUUGCCUCUUUUGUUAAGCAGGUUCAGUCAAAGAAACUGGAUGCCAUAGUGAUUUUUCUCUAGUAGGUGAUUUGGAACUUGAUUUUAAUAAGGUGUUUUCAAUGUGAUUUUAGUAUUUACAGUAAUAAAUAAAAUUUAUACAAGCUUCAGAGAAAAAAACCAUAUGAAAAUCUGUCAAUGUAAUUCACCAUAUAAACAAACUGAAAGAGAAAGAAAAACACAUAACCAUCCCAUUACAUGCGGAAAAAGUCUCUGACAAAAUCCAACACCCUUUCAUGAUAAAAGUGUUGGAGAGAUCUUGGAUACAAGGGGCAAACCUAAACAUAAUGAAUGUAAUAAUCAGCAUUCCAACAGCCACCAAACAUCAAAUCAAAUGGAGAGAAACUCAAGGCAAUUCCACUAAAAUCAGGAAAAAGACAAGGCAGUGCAUUUGGUGUAUAUCUAUUCAAUAUAGUACUUGAAGUUCUAGCUA